UGGACUCACUAGCUAGCUUUUCAUCCAAGCAGACUGUGACGUCCAGGUAUGCAGAGGAUUUCGUGGCCGCCGAAAUAGACACAAAGGGGGACUCUCUUCAAUUUCACCCGAAUUUCAAGUGAUUGUCGCCUUCUUUCUCCCCUCGUGCUUUGUGGGCAGCGGAGGAGUAAACGUCCCCCCCCUCUUGACGGCGUAUGUCAACGAGGCUUGGCGCAGAGCUUUGUUUUAAACGGACGGAGUCGAUAAGUUUCUAAUCGGAUUGAUGGUGUGUUGGACGAAGGCAGAGAGGACUACCAAAUUGGCCGGGCGAGGAGCUGAUGGUUUAUUCGGAACUGUCUGGGAAUCGGGCGAUGAAUGCUGGGGGGGGAUUUAUUCGGCGUGAUUUGAGCUGCAAGCAGCUGUCUGCCUAGGCGCGUUUAUGUAUAGCUUUUGCAGGGUCAAGAUGCAGGUUCGGACCGUGCUGGACGUCAAAGUGGUGGACGUGGAGAAAAGGCGCAGUCCAUCGAAACACUACGUGUAUCUCAUCAAUGUCACCUACUCAGACAAUACCUCCCACAUCAUUUACAGAAGAUACAGCAAGUUCUUUGACCUUCAGAUGCAAAUACUUGACAAGUUUCCAAUUGAGGGUGGACAAAAAGAUCCAAAGAAGAGGAUUAUUCCAUUUCUGCCAGGCAAAAUUCUCUUCCGAAGGAGUCAUGUGCGAGACGUGGCUAUGAAGCGACUGCGUUUCAUUGACGACUACUGCAGGGCCCUCGUGCGACUCCCCCCUCAAAUUUCACAGAGUGAUGAAGUGCUACGCUUCUUUGAGACAAAAGCUGAGGACCUCAACCCCCCCGUGGAGGACUAUGGCUCCAAGCGCAAGUCGGUAUGGAUGUACGGCAUUACCGACGGCCCGAGGAAAGAGGCGUCAGGGAUUGACAGCUUGGAGCCUAUGGUACUGGAGCAGUAUGUGGCUGUGGCCAACUACGAAAGACAGGAGAACUCUGAGAUCAACCUCAAAGCCGGCGAGACAGUGGACGUGAUUGAGAAGAGCGAAAGUGGUUGGUGGUUUGUCAGUACAGCAGAGGAGCAGGGCUGGGUGCCUGCCACAUAUCUCGACUCUCAAAGUGGAACCAGAGACGAUUUGGAUUUAGGCACCUCCAGGACAGGGGAGGUGACUAAAAGACGCAAGGCCCAUCUGAAGAGGCUCGACCGUCGAUGGACACUUGGGGGUAUUGUGAACCGCCAACAGAGCAGAGAGGAGAAAUAUGUAACAAUACAGCCAUAUACCAGUCAAGGGAAGGAUGAAGUCAGCUUUGAGAAAGGGGUCACCGUGGAAGUUAUUCAAAAGAAUCUAGAAGGCUGGUGGUACAUCAGAUAUUUGGGGAAAGAAGGCUGGGCCCCUGCUUCCUACUUGAAAAAGUUAAAAGAAGACUUCUCCCCUCGUAAGAAGACACUGUCGGGACCCGUGGAAAUCAUUGGCAACAUCAUGGAGAUCAGCAGUCUUUUACAAAAGAAAUCAGUCAGCGAAAAGGACAUCCAGACGGACGGCGAUGGUAGCACCACACCGGAGCGCCACAUCUCCAAGAGCGAGAUCAGCUUGCCUAUGCCCUUUAGCUCGGAGAUCAAUGCCGAGACAGGCAGGAGGUUGAGCGCAGGCCGUGAUACUAACAGUCCUUGCCUGGGAAUAGCGGCGGCGAGCUCCGCCCGGAAUGAAGCCAAAGUGAGAGGCGAACCGAGUUCCCCGGCCGUUGCCAGAGUAGCACCGCACAGAGUUGAAAUUGGGUCUCCUAAUCUGAGACAAAAACCUCCUCCGAGAAGAGAGACCAAUUUGGGUUUGCAGUUGCCUAAGCCACCAGAGCCACCUGCUGUGGAAGCAGAAUAUUACACCAUUGCCGAUUUCCAGUCCUCCAUUUCCGAUGGCAUCAGCUUCCGUGGAGGACAAAAGGCUGAUGUAAUAGAGAAGAACCCCGGAGGUUGGUGGUAUGUGCAGAUUGGAGAGAUGGAGGGAUGGGCACCAUGCUCCUACAUCGACAAACGCAAGAAGCCCAACCUCAGCCGUCGAACCAGCACCCUGACCAGGCCCAAAGUCCCACCCCCGGCCCCACCUGUGAAAAAGCAUGAUUCUGAGGAAACUCCUCCUCCGAGCACGUCCACUCCUAAAGUAACAGAUUCUGUCAAAAGAUCCGUGUAUGAGGAACCUGAAUAUGAUGUUCCAGCAGUUGGCUGUGAAGGUGAAUCGGAUACAGAUUCUUUCAAAGAUGAACGUUCCUUGGACGUUAAAAUUAGUAAUGUAGUCAGCAACAAGUAUCGCAGUUCCCCUCCCUCAAGUAAAACGUCCCCUCUUGUGUGCCAAAAAUCACCAGUUUUCACCCAUCGAAGGGCCUCCUUCCGAUCUGUCGAAGAAGUUGCUAAAGAGGAACGAAUCUAUGAAAAUGAUCGCUUUCAAUCUAGUGGUGGUACAGAAGAAAAAACGGCACAAGUGGCCACCGAGCCUGACUUUCCAAGGACGUACCAUUCCUCUACAGUUCCACGCAAACCCUCUGGAUCUUCACCGUUGCCCGGUCACCCCAGAAAAACAAUGACCCCAGAGAUGAAUAGAAGAAGCCAGACUCUUGGUAGACAAACAGACAUUCACUUCCAGCCCCAGGAGAACAGUCCCCAUUCCUCGGCAGAUGGAUUGAAUCGAAGUUCCAAGAAAUGCGCGAGAAUUAGCCGGGAUGUGGAACAGAGAAUAGGUCAGAGCCCGUCUACCAGACCGAAGCCUUCUGUCAGACCUAAACCACUCCUUACGAAAUCAGAGCCUCAGAGUCCUGAGAGGAUGGAUGUCAGUUCCUUGAGAUGCCAAUUGAAGCCCACAAGUCAGUUACGACAUGGACACAAGACUUCUCGAGGAGAAGACUCGGAUGCCGCCUCUGUAAAAUCAUCAGGGGAAUCUCUGUGUUCACGCAGUACCGCAGAUGUUUCAUCUGUUUACUCCAAAGGUAGCUACGGAGACUCUGACGUAGAAGGAUCCUGCCUGUACCGCUCCCUGGAUGCAUACAAGAAAGUCCAAGAAUCAGAGAUCAGCUUUCCAGCUGGGGUGGAAGUCGAGGUUCAGGAGAAGCAAGAGAGUGGCUGGUGGUAUGUGCGCUGGGGUUCUGAGGAGGGUUGGGCACCCUCAUACUUUCUGGAACCUGUCAAGCGAGUGGGUGACGCUGUGAGGCGAGAAUCAGAUGGACACGGUAGUAAGUCCGAUAGCCUGGAGAAAAACGAAAAGCACGUCACGGAUCUAAAUGACGUCAAUCUUCAGGGUCUGACCCAGCAGCAUCAAGGCUUGAGAAGGAACACACCACCAAUUCCUUCAAAGCCUCCUGGUGGCUUCACCAAGCCAUCCGGGAUGGUCAAUGGAAGUGUGCGGAUGAGGAAUGGGGUACGCCAAGUGGCAGUGAGGCCCCAGUCCGUAUUUGUAACGUCGACGCAGCCGGCAAAGGAUACACAUUACAUGACGGGUUCUCUGAGACGGAAUGACUCUCUUGGCAGGAGUGAUCGCUAUAGCUCAGGUUCUGCCACACUCGGUGUCCACCGAAAUGCCUCCUUUAGCACAGUGCGCCCCCACGUGGUUGUUGAAAGUCAGACGCGACCCGCCGAGCGCUCCAACCUCGGCUCCUCGGUGAGCGGAUUCAGUUCAAGCAAUGUCCCGGAUCCCCUUGGCAGAUUUACCCAGCGGAACGGUAUCCCCGUGUCCACAGUCCGUCCCAAACCCGUGGAGAAGAGCCAGAUGAUCAAAAAUAACCUCGGCAGGGAUGUGUACGUGUCCAUCGCCGAUUACCGUGGUGACGAAGAGACAAUGGGCUUCACCGAGGGCACAUGUCUGGAGGUCUUGGAGAGAAACCCCAACGGUUGGUGGUACUGCCAGGUGCAGGACAGCCUCCUUCCCCGUAAAGGCUGGGUCCCGUCUAACUAUCUAGAGCGCAGGAAAUAACGGCCACCCAUAUUCACUUCACUAACACCUUUUUGAUGUCCCUGAGGGAAGUGGGUGAUGUCACCCCUCAAGAAUGUUACCCACCGUCUCCUGCAAGCAAUACGUCCUUGACGAUGGCCACUUACAGAGAAAAGACUGUGUGAUCUGAGAUGGAAGGACACAUCAAGUGCUGGCUUACUAAAAUAUAUACAAAGAGGAUUGUGAAGUAUUUAUCCGGAAGCGACGGAUUGGUCAUAUUUAUAAGGACCACCUUAACUAGAUGGUAGGAAAAGGGGGUUUUCUAUAUUUCCAUCACAGGCUGUGAUGGUUAAGUGCCUUUUGUAUUUCGCCUGAAUGGAAAUAUUAAAUGGUGGAUGGCAAACUGUAACACCAACCAAA